GUACUGCAUUAUCAUUCUAUUUCCAUCAUUUUCUCAAACCUUAAAUCUUAAGUGUUUUUAGCUACACCCCAUAUUCAUUCACCUACCUUUAAAAUGGCUAUCAAAGUGUACGGCUCCAUGUUCUCCACCGCAACUCUCCGUGUUCUGCUUUGCCUAGCCGAGAAAGAUCUCGAUUUCGAGCUCAUUAAUGUCGAUCUCGCCUCAGGUGAAAACAAAACACCCCAUAUGCUGUCACGAAGUCCGUUCGGCCACAUUCCAGCAUUUGAGGACGGUGACAUCAAACUCUUCGAUUCAAGGGCGAUUACACAGUACAUAUCACGCACAUACGCUGAUAAGGGGACAGAUCUGAUAACCAAGGAGCCGAAGAAGGCGGCAAUGGAAUCAGUGUGGAUGGAAGUGGAGGCACAUGAAUUUGAUCCGGUGACUAAGAAGUUAGCCUGGGAGUUGUGUAUGAAGCGGUUUUUAUUCGGACAAAAGGGUGAUGACGUCGUUGUGAAUGCAGAGAAGAAGAAGCUGGAGUGUGUGCUUGACGUGUACGAAGCACGGCUUUCGGAGAGCAAGUAUUUGGGCGGAGAUAGUUUUUCGUUGGCGGAUCUGCACCACGCGCCGAUGAUCAAGUUUAUGAUGGACACGCAGAUGAAAGAGGUGUUUGAUGCGCGUCCCUGUGUGAGUGCGUGGGUUGUGGAUAUUUUGUCAAGACCCGCUUGUGUGAAAAUUUUUAGCGUGCCUGCUUAUUAAGAGCACCGACAAUGGUGGUUGCGUGGCGUGGUUGGCGCAGGUGGGCGAGGGCGAUGGUGGGUCCCCUAAUUGAAUUUAAAAUUAAAUUAUUAAAAAAAAUAAAAUAAUCCUUGAAAAUGACUAGUUUUGGAAAAGAAACGAAAACGGCUAUUUUAUAAAAAAAAAAAAGUUUGUAAAAAACCUAUAAAUGUGAUUAAAACAUUAUGGAUGGACCUAACGAACAUGGAUCCGUAGAGACGGAAGACGCACUUGGAAUUAUGCGAUCAAAUCAAGAAACUACACAACAUAUUAUAAUUUUUAUUUUUAGUUGAAGCAUUUCUUUUUCUUUUAAUUUUAUGUAUGGUUAUUAUUAUUAUUAAUGUUUUAUGUAUGUUUUAAAUUUUAA